AAAGGAUAUAUUAUUUAUAUCAUGUCUGGACUUCUGUGUAACUGGGGAAACAUGCGUAUUAAAUUGAUUGUUCUUUAAAGAAGAUGGCUACAUAGGCACAGUUUUAUUUUUGUGUACAACUUUAGGUGAAAUCAGAGAAUCCCAUUCAAAUAUUAAUUGUAGUUUUAAUGGGAACAAGAGAAUAACAUUUGUUUUUAUACUGACAAUGGAACCAAAAAAGCAGCAUAUUUAGUUCCUUUGGGAAAAUCUUUCUAGUAAGGCUCUAGAGACUUGAGGCUCCACCAGGUCUUCUAGUUAGAUCUCAUCACAGCCUUGUUUGAAUUGAAGCCGAAAAAGCUUGUAUAAAACAUCUGUGCUCCUGUUCUUCUCACUCUGGACACCAUGGCCUAACCUUUCGCCUGCAGGAAAUAUACACUUAUAUUCCAAACAGUUGCCCCUAGGGAACAAAUUUCUUUUCUUUCAUCUUUGUAAUCAUGUCAGUGGGCAUCAGACAAGAACAGCGAUUGUAGAAGAGUGUCUACAGUACAGACCCCUAUCCUGGCUGUUUUCCUUUACCCUCUAGAGUGUAUUUCUUGUACACAGUAUCUGACAGCUACGCUCAAUAAAUGUAAUUUGAGCAUGAUGAGAGGUUACUGGAAAUAGUGCAAGUGAAGAACAAUUGUUUUUUUUAGCGGGCAGCUUGGGGAGAUUUGGUUGGGUUUAAGUCCUUCUGACACAUUCUUGCUAUCUGAUCCUGAGUAAACUACCUACAUUCAGUGAUCCCAGCCACUGCAAGAUGAUAAAUGACAACUUAGUUGCCAAUUUGCAGGUUAUUGGCUGGAGUAUCUUGCAGAUUCAGAGAGAAAAAGAGAAACCCAAAGUAUCUAGUAGCAUGAAAAGGCAAUUUGGAAUUAAGUAUUUCCAGCACAAUGUCAUGUCAACUUUGGGUCAUUGAGUGUUCUUAUACUUGAGAUACUUCAUUUAUAUGAAACAGAACAGAGGAAGAGGAAGACUUUGGGAGGGAACUUGGAAGAGGAUGAAAGAAUUCAUCAAGAAAUGUAUCCUUUCAUGCAUUAACUUGGCUGUGUGAGAAGUCAAUGUCUUUACUAGAAGCUUAGACGGGCUUUUUUUUUUUUUUUUUUUUUUUCCCUUCUCGGUAGGACAGACAGAAACUCUUUUUGGAUGACCAACUCUCUAGAGGAGCAAUUACUGCUAACAGGCUUCCUGAAAAGCUUGAUAAUGCUCUGCUCCUGUUUUUGGCCUGGCUGCUGCUGAGGCAAUAAUUUGAUAAUAAGAGAUCCUGAUUAAAUUAAGGAACCAUUUAUGCCCUGGAUGAUGAUGUUGAGAAAAGGAUUGAUAGACAAUGCUUCUCCAUCCAGCUUAUUUGCUUAAAGGUCAAGAAAGAUUCUCCUCUUGUAAAAUAUACUCCUUCCAAAAAAUCAUUCCUAAGUGCGCAAGCUCUUGAAUUCUUUGCUUUACUCAUGCUGAGGGAAUAGCUUAGGUCCUCCACUUGUCCCUCUCCCGGCUUGGGGUGGAGGUGGAGCAGGUAGAAAUGGAGAUGUCUGGUUUGUGUGAUCGCUGCACUACUUUACUCCCUUCCCAAUCUCGGAAACUCAGGCCGGCUCUAAAAGAGCCCAGAAUUUGGAGUCAUGCCCUGCCGUUUACUAGCUCUGACCUAUGGGGUCUCAGUUCCCACAGAAGUCAUUAGUUCCACCUAUAACUGUGGAUCACCCCUCUUUUCAGCCUCCGGUGUCCCUCUCACGUCUUCCCGCUUCUCAAACAAAAGCCAGACCCCUUUCACUGGGACACCACCAGCCUUAGUCCGGGGACCCAGCAGCCUCCUGCAAUCUGACCUUGGCCAGAGGUGGUGAGCCCUCCCCAGCUCAGAGUCUGAGGUCGCCCGUUAUUUAUAGAAGGAGCCGCCUGGACCACACCCGGUAGGGUUUGGGUUUGAGUUUGACUAGACCGAGGCCAGAAAGGGCGGGACGCGCCUCGGGGCGUCCCGCUGGACUCACCCACGCAGUCAGAUGCGGCCCGGACACUGGCAGGCGGAGGAACUGGGGGCGGACCCUCCGGCCCUUGGCCCCUCCUAGCUCGCUCAUCCUAGAGCUCCCUGGGCUCAGUGCGCACUCACUCACCCGCGGGCUGGGCUCCGCUCUGCUCCGCACCUGAGCUAGACCUUGGCUGCAACUCUUGUCUGUUAAGUCCGAAGAGAAAAGUCUUGCGAAGUUAAGUUCCAGCCCCUAGAGGCCGGCUACGUCCUCCGGGCUCCGACGAGCAGGGCAGGACGGUCCGGCCGGGCGGGCGCCAACAGAGUGGGGCCGCGAUGCGCACCUCGUGGGCAGUGCACGUGCUGCGGACGCUGCGGGAGCUGCUCGCCUUCGUGCUGCUCAGUUACACGGUGCUCAUUGGGGCGCUGCUGCUGGCCGGCUGGACCACUUACUUCCUGGUGCUGAAGUGACAGCUCCGGGCGUCAUGGCCCGGGCCGGACUGCUGCCUGGAGGAGGCCGGCGGGCCGCGCCUACUAGUCCCUCUGCUCCGAAGACCACGCGCCUAUCCGGCCCAAACUUUCCGCGGCAGCGGGCGGGGAGAGCCAUGUGAGAGAGAGACACCUUCGACCCGCCGCACUCCAGGCCUCCUUCAACCUCUCUAAGCGGUCAUCCUCUUCCUGGGUGUUCUCCCUGCCCCUUGCUUCCCUUCCCCUUCCCUCUCCUCCCUUCCUUUCCUUUCCUUUUUCCUAUCCCGGACCCAGCGCUCCAAAGAGCUGGGGGGCGGCGGCCGCAGCUACUAUAGCUCCUCCUCUUCCCCGCCCCCUGGGCAGGCCUAAAUCUCCAGCAUUUCCUUUCCCCUCUCCUGGAGGCGGGGCUCCCAGAUGCCAGAGCUCCUCUUUCCCCUCUCUCGGCGGCUUCUAGAGGCGGGUCUAGAUUUCCUGAGCUUCUCCUCUCCCCCCCUGGAGAUCCGAAACCUCCAGAGCUCCUUCUCUCCCUCUCUCCGCUCCUAGAGGCGAGACCCGAAGCCGCCAGAGCUCCUCCUCCCCUUCUCCCCGCUCCUAGGGGCGGGGCCAUAGCCGCGCGUGCUUUUCCCUCUGCAGAUUGGGCACCCCCAGCAGCAAAAACACUUCCCCAUCUCUUGGGACGGGGCUCGCAAUGGAGAAAGUGCCUCUUCCCCGUCCCACCUUCAUUAGAAGUAGGGCCCAUAAUAACUAAGCGUGCUUCUUCCUUACACACUUCCCAUCAGGGAGGGGACCACAGUCGCUCGCGCUCCUCCUCCUCUUUCUUCUCCUCCUCCUCCUCCUCCUCCUCCCCCUUCUGGGAGGACGAGACAGUUGCAGCAGUGCGUAGGGAUCCUUCCUCUGCUCCACGCCCCUUUUGCGUCACCUUAAAGGCGGAGCCGAGUGAUCUUGUCCUAUCAGGUGCUGGGACCUGGCGGCGCGUCACUUCCGGCAUCCGUUUCCCGGCGUCCGCUGUGGAAUGGCGGCUCUGAGGAGCUGGGUUCUCCGCAGCGUCGGCUCCUUCUUCAGGCAGAGUGUUCCAGUUGUAACAAGGUUGAGAAGAUGCCGUUUGACAGAUUUGGUAGGACCCUGGCACAAAACAGUGGCAGUGGGUUUUGGAGUGUCUCUGUGUGCAGUGCCUAUAGCACAGAAGACGGAGACACACUCUCUUAGUAAUGAAGCACUGAUGAGAAGAGCAGUUUCCAUGGUGACUGACAGCACCUCCACCUUCCUCUCACAAACCACGUAUGCAUUGAUUGAAGCCAUCACAGAGUAUACUAGGGCGGUUUACACAUUAGUGUCUCUGUACCGAAAAUACUCAAGUUUACUUGGGAAAAUGAAUUCUCAAGAGGAAGAUGCAGUGUGGCAGGUGAUCAUAGGAGCCAGGGUUGAGAUGUCUUCAAAACAAGAAGAGUAUUUAAAGUUAGAGACGACUUGGAUGACUGCCUUGAGUCUGUCUGAGAUGGCAGCAGAAGCAGCCUACCAGUCAGGUGCUGAUCAAGCCUCAAUCAUGGCUCGAAAUCAUGUUCAGCUGGUGAAGACUCAAGUUCAGGAAGUGCGACAGCUCUCCCAGACGGCCGAGACCAAAUUGGCCGAGGCCCAGACCGAGGAGCUACGCCUCAGGCGCCCCGAGGAGCUGGAAAAGGGGACUAUGCCCCAGCGUCCCAGCACUGGGGGAUCUCUGCUGACAGACCAUGAGGAGGAGGCCUACUUGCGGGAGGACUGAGGAGGCUUCUCCCCAGAGGCACUAACACUGUGAAUAUGGUUACCUUGAUUGCCUUUGAAAACACAGUUAGAGAGGAAUGGAAGCUGGGGUGGGGCGGCUAGCUCAAAGUUGUAACAUCUUUCCUGAGUUAGGCAGUUCUGUGACAGCCAAAGAUCCCAUACAACUCACCCCUCCUUGGAGGGUGAAAUGAGUCGUGUUCAAGGCCAUGUAGCUCCACUCAGUCAUGAAAGUGGUCUUCAACAGCCCUCUGGAAGCAGGGGACCCAGCCCUCUUACCAGUAGUUUAAGUAAUUAGUAAGUUAGCCUCCAUUUUCAACCAUAGUCAGAUUUUCAAAUGUAAGUUAUUUAAGCUUUGGUUCUCUCUUGUGGGAUGUGAAUUUUUGGAGGGUGUGGUCGUGUUUAUAGUAUUUGUUUUUUAAAAGUUCAUGCCCUCUUUGACCUAAAUGUGGCUAAGAUAAAAAUGCCUGGCCUGGCCCUGCCAGAAGGCCUCUCUGCACAGUUGGAGAAAUGUGUUUGUACUUGUUAUGAAACAGGAGUCCCUUAAAUGAAA